AUGUCUCUCUCUCUCUCUCUCUCUCUCUCUCUAUCUAUCUAUCUAUCUAUGUAUUUUUCUUCUUUUUUCACAUUCUUUCUUCAUAUUUACCUGUUUUCUCAUUCAGUCUUAUUCUUCUUUACUUAUUUUCUCAUUCUUUCUUUCUUCUUUUUCUUUACCUAUUUUUUCAUUCUAUUUCUUCUUUACCUGUUUUUUCAUUCUUUCUUAUUCUUCAUUAACUAUUUUCUCAUUCUUUCUUUACGUAUUUUUCAUUUAUUUUCUUCUUUAUUGAUUUUCUUAUUCCUCCUCAUUCUUCCUUACCUAUUUUUCAUUCUCUCUAUUCUUUACCUAUUUUCUCAUUCUUUUUCUUCUUUACUUGUUUUCUCAUUCUUUUUUCCUCUUCCUUACCUAUUUUCUCAUUCUUUCUUCUUCUUUACUUAUUUUCUUUUUCUUUAUCUAUUUUUCAUUCGUUUUUUUCUUUUCCUAGUUUUCAUUCUUUCUUCUUCUUUGUUUAUUUUCUCAUUCCUUCUUCUUAUUUACCUGUUUUCUUAUUCUUACUUCUUCUUUACUUAUUUUCUCAUUAGCUAUUUUUCUUUCUUUUUCUUCUUUAUCUAUUUUCUAAUUCUUUCUUCUUCUUCUUUUUUAUCUAUUUUAUCAUACUUUUUCUCUUUUACUUAUUUUCUUAUUCUUUCUUUACCUAUUUCUUUAUUUCUUCAUCCAGUUGUUUCUUUCAUUUCUUAUUCUUCCAAUUUUUUCUUCUUUAUUUUUAUCAUCUUUAUAUUUUUUCUUCUUGCUUCAUUUUUUUUCAUUUUUUCUUCUUUUCAUUCUUACAGCUAUUUUUUUCUUCUUCCAUUUCUUCUUUAUCCAAAUGUUAUUUCUUCUUCUUGUUUCCAUUUUAUCGUUUCGUCUCCUUCUAAUUCUUCUUCUUUAUCAUUUUUUCAUUUCUUCUUGUUUCAAUUCUUCUUCUCCUUCUUUUUCUUCUUUUUCUUCCUCUUCUUCAAACCGUUUCUCUCUUUCUUCUUCAUCUUUCCUCGUCUUCCUCUUUUUUCCUUCUUGAUUUAUUCAACAUUUUCAUCCUUCUUCCUUUUGCCUAACUUUUCGAAUACUCUUGUCUUUUUCCUCUUCCAUUUUUCACUUUCUUUCACUUUUCUUCAUUUUUCGGGUUUCUUAUUUGUUUUUAUUCUUCCUUUUUUUUUCUUUAUAUUUUUUCCCCAUAUUUUGAAGAUAUAUUUUUUUUCUCUUUUUUUCAUUUUAUAUCUAAAUUCUUUUCGUGUUUUCAUAUUAUACUUUUUACUUUCUCUCUUCCUGAUAUUCACUUUUCCUUUUUUUUAUUCUUCAUUCCAUAUUCUUUCUUUCUUUCUUUCUUUCUUUCUUUCUUUCUUUCUUUCUUUCUUUCUUUCUUGCUUGCUUUCUUUCUUUCUUUCUUUCUUUCUUUCUUUCUUUCUUUCUUUCUUUCUUUCAGAUAUUUACUUUUCCAUAUUCACCUUUCCUUUUUCUGAAUCUUCUUUUUCUUUCUUCUUUGCAAUAUCUUUCUUUCUUUUUUACAGAUAUUCAUCUUUCCUUAUUCUGAUUUUCUUUAAUUUUUUCUUUCUUUCUUCCAGAUAUUCACCUUUCCUUUUCCUGAAGCUUCCUUCACUUUCUUUCUUUCUUUCUUUCUUUCUUUUCUUUCUUUCUUUCUUUCUUUCUUUCUUUCUGUUAUUCACCUUUUCUUUUUCUGAAUCUUCUUUCCUUCUUUCUUACAUUGCUCCUUUUUCUUACUUUCAUUUCAGCCUUACAUUUUCUCUGUUUUAUACAAACCUUUAG